GAUCCCGGGCAAAGGGAAGCGGAGCCCGCCGUGCGGAGCCGCGAGGAGGGGCCGUGCUAGCGGCUCCGCCCUGGAAAAAAGGCGUAACCCGAGGCCGCGGGACACCCGAGAUGCAGACGGCGAGACAAGUUCGCUCCCAGGACCCUGGACAGCGGCGGGUGCUGGACCGGGCAGCCCGGCAGCGACGGAUCAAUCGACAGCUCGAGGCUUUAGAAAAUGACAAUUUCCAGGAUGACCCCCACGCAGGCCUCCCCCAGCUGGGCAAGCGGCUGCCUCAGUUUGAUGAUGAUGCAGACACAGGAAAGAAAAAGAAGAAAACUCGAGGUGACCAUUUCAAACUGCGCUUCCGGAAAAACUUCCAGGCUUUGCUGGAGGAGCAGAACCUGAGUGCAUCCGAGGGCCCCAACUACUUGACAGCCUGUGCUGGUCCCCCAUCCCGACCCCAGCGCCCCUUCUGUGCCGUGUGUGGCUUCCCGUCCCCAUACACCUGCGUAAGCUGUGGCGCCCGGUACUGCACAGUGCGCUGCCUGGGCACCCACCAGGAGACCAGGUGUCUGAAGUGGACUGUGUAAGCCUGGCAUCAGGGAGAAGAAGUCCCUCCAACCGUUACCGCAGAUCAUCCUCAAAGGACAGAGAGGAGCAGUCCAUUCACCCAGGGACUGUUGUGGGUUGUAUGCUGGGUAAUAAAUGGCCUGGUGAAUGGA